ACCAUCUUUACCUUGAGUGGGGGAGGCAGACUCUGGGAACACGUGGAACCUUAGGAAAUUUGCUUCCAAGAAUUGAUUUGGUACUUUAAACUCUUUAAAUAGAAGUAUUACUUAAGCUUCUUCAGGUUUCCAUGAAGCUCUCGUUUGUGCCUUCGGCUUGCUUGUCGCCUGUUCUCACAACCUGGUCUUUCCAGUCAUGCCAUGGUACAGCCCGACCUCUGGUGGGCACCAAAUUAGGACAAGCCAAGGAGGAGGAGGGGCCCUUCGUUUCUUCCGGUUUGCUCCCCAAUCCUUUCUCCGGCCCCGCCUACCCGCUGCCCUAGGGGCUCGGCUGGGCUACCCGCCGCGCCGAGGUCUGGGCUGCUGAGUCCCGCCCCCCUGGUCCCCGGGUGUUCUCUAGUGUCCGCCGAGGCGCACCCUCCUACCCCACCUCUCCAGUGGGCUCGCUUGAACCCUCCUCCCACCUCAGUGGGCUCGUCCCCGCCGCCUCCCCACCCCCGCGUCAACCGAAGGAGGCUCGACCAUAGCCAGUUCCUGGGCGGUUGCUCCGACCGACCGGAACUCCCCGCCCCUCCCGCGGCCCCGGGGCCGUAGGAGGCUGCAGUCAGGAGGUAGAGGGGGCGGGAGCGGCGUUAGUGUGUUCCCUAGAGGACUGGGACGCUGAAGGCGGGACAUUGGGAUGACCCUCGGGUGGGGCCAGCCAUUAAGCAGUCCCCCUUCUUCUGUGCCAGGCACUGAAUUGGGCUCUUGACGGGCAUCAUCUCUUAAUCCUCAGACCAUCCCAGGGAGCUCCACAGCGUCCCAUAUCCUGGGCCAUGAGUGAGUUGAAGGACUGCCCGUUGCAGUUCCAUGACUUCAAGUCUGUGGACCACCUGAAGGUCUGUCCCCGCUACACAGCAGUGCUGGCCCGCUCCGAGGAUGAUGGCAUUGGCAUCGAGGAGCUGGACACCCUGCAGCUGGAACUUGAGACCCUGCUCUCUUCUGCCAGCCGGCGCCUGCGUGUGCUUGAGGCUGAAACCCAGAUCCUCACUGACUGGCAAGAUAAAAAGGGUGACCGAAGAUUCCUGAAGCUGGGUCGAGACCAUGAACUUGGAGCUCCCCCCAAACAUGGGAAGCCCAAGAAGCCAAAGCUGGAAGGGAAGGCGGGACAUGGACCAGGCCCUGGCCCUGGGCGGCCCAAAUCCAAAAACCUUCAGCCCAAGAUCCAGGAAUAUGAAUUCACUGAUGACCCCAUUGAUGUGCCACGGAUCCCCAAGAAUGAUGCUCCCAACAGGUUCUGGGCUUCGGUGGAGCCCUACUGUGCUGACAUCACCAGUGAGGAGGUGCGCACACUAGAGGAGCUGCUGAAACCCCCAGAAGAUGAGGCUGAACAUUAUAAGAUCCCACCUCUGGGGAAGCACUACUCCCAGCGCUGGGCCCAGGAGGAUCUGCUGGAGGAGCAGAAGGAUGGGGCCCGGGCAGCGGCUGUGGCUGACAAGAAGAAAGGCCUCAUGGGGCCACUGACUGAACUAGACACUAAAGAUGUGGAUGCCCUGCUGAAGAAGUCUGAGGCCCAGCAUGAGCAGCCAGAAGAUGGUUGCCCCUUUGGUGCUCUGACACAGCGCCUCCUGCAGGCCCUUGUGGAGGAAAAUAUUAUUUCCCCCAUGGAAGACUCUCCCAUUCCUGACAUGUCUGGGAAGGAAUCAGGGGCUGAUGGGGCGAGCACCUCUCCCCGCAAUCAGAACAAGCCCUUCAGUGUGCCACAUACUAAGUCUCUGGAGAGCCGCAUCAAGGAGGAGCUGAUUGCCCAGGGCCUUUUGGAGUCUGAGGAUCGCCCUGCAGAGGAUUCAGAGGAUGAGGUCCUUGCUGAGCUGCGUAAACGGCAGGCCGAGCUAAAGGCCCUGAGUGCCCACAACCGCACCAAGAAACAUGAUCUCCUGAGGCUGGCAAAGGAGGAGGUAAGCCGACAGGAGCUGAGGCAGCGCGUCCGCAUGGCAGACAAUGAGGUCAUGGAUGCCUUUCGCAAGAUCAUGGCUGCCCGGCAGAAGAAGCGUACUCCCACCAAGAAGGAAAAGGACCAGGCCUGGAAGACUCUGAAGGAGCGUGAGAGCAUCCUGAAGCUGCUGGAUGGAUAGCCCUCACCCUGUCUUCUCUGGCCUGGGAGAGUGGAGGGGGAGGCUCGCUUCCUUCUUUGGGCACCGGAAGCUUUGGCCUGUGGCAGCCCAUCAAAUAGUGACAGUCUCUAGAGGACUGUGGCCCUCCCCUGAGGUCUUUUGGCCCAGCUCUGUAUAGCCAGGACACAGGAAGCCCUGCUGAGCUGGCCUGGGGCCCAAUCUAUGCUUGGUUCCCCAUUUGAGGGGGGCUUCAUUUCUGGGUCUUCUUCCCCUCUUCACCAUCCCCCAAUCCCUCAAACUCCCCUCCCUGUAUACCUCUCUCCCCUUCAGUGACUUCUCCCUUGUGGUUUUGUAAAGUGCAAACUUAAGAAUAAAGUGAUAGUUGUGGUUUUU